AUGGCGGGGAGCCGGCGGCGGCAGGGCCCGGAGUCGGCAGCGUGCCGCAGGCAGCCGAACUCCAUGAACCUGCCCCCGGACAAGAUGGAGCUGCUCAACCAGUACGACAAUGAGAAGAAGUGGGAGCUCAUCUGCGACCAGGAGCGUUUCCAGGUGAAAAACCCACCAUCCGCCUACAUCCAGAAGCUGAAGAGCUACUUGGACACGGGUGGCGUAAGCAGGAAGGUGAGGGCUCCCCCUUCUGCCCCUUGUCCCCAUCCCGGCUUGGGUUUCAAGAGGCGAGUGCAGGAGUCGACGCAGGUGCUCCGGGAGCUGGAGAUUUCCUUGAGAACAAACUACAUUGGCUGGGUCCAGGAGUUCCUCAACGAGGAGAACAAGGGGCUGGACGUGCUGCUGGAGUAUCUCGCCUUCGCCCAGUGCUCCGUCACGUACGACAUGGAGAGCACCGAGAACGGCAGCCCAGGCUCCGACAAGGGCAAGGUCCUGGAGCGGUCGCUGGAGGACCUGAGCAAAAGCAACUCCUUGUCCCCCACCCAGGGCUCCUCCAAAGUGCGGCACCUCACCGUCAGGCUGAACCCCUCGCACAGCAAGAAGGCGCUGAGGAACUCCCGCCUCGUCAGCCAGAAGGACGAUGUCCACGUCUGCAUUAUGUGUCUCCGUGCCAUCAUGAACUACCAGUCUGGUUUCAGCCUGGUGAUGAACCACCCAGCCUGUGUCAAUGAGAUCACCCUGAGCCUCAACAACAAGAAUGCCAGGACCAAGGCGCUGGUGCUGGAGCUGCUGGCCGCCGUCUGCCUGGUCCGAGGUGGCCAUGACAUCAUCCUGGCCGCCUUCGACAACUUCAAGGAGGUCUGCGGGGAGAAGAACCGCUUCGAGAAGCUGAUGGAGUAUUUCCGAAAUGACGACACCAACAUCGACUUCAUGGUGGCCUGCAUGCAGUUCAUCAACAUCGUGGUGCACUCUGUGGAGAACAUGAACUUCCGCGUCUUCCUGCAGUACGAGUUCACCCACCUGGGGCUGGACCACUACCUGGAGACCCUCCGUCUCACCGAGAGCGACAAGCUGCAGGUGCAGAUCCAAGCCUACCUGGACAACGUCUUUGACGUGGGUGCCAUGCUGGAGGACUCGGAGACCAAGACGGCCGUGCUGGAGCACAUGGAGGAGCUGCAGGAGCACGUCAACCAGUUGACAGAGAAGCUGCAGGAUGCGGAGAACGACUCCAUGGCCAAGAUAGCGGAGCUGGAGAAGCAGCUGAGCCAGGCGCGGCGGGAGCUGGAGGCGCUGCGGGAGCAGCUGAGCCCACCGCGGCCACCCAGCCCACCGGCCCCGCAGCCCCAGGAUUCCUACCGGCUGGCGCUGGAGCGGCGGCUGGCGGAGCUGGAGGAGAAGGGGUUGGUGCAGAUCCUGCGUGGGCCUGAUGGAGAUGUCGCCAUCGAAAUUGUCCCCGUCGUCAUAGAAACCCCAGCAGCCCCCGUGGUUACCGGAGAGGCCACCACCACCAGCACCGCCACCAGCACUGCCACCGGCACAGUGAAGGUGAAGAAGCCGAUCCAGACCAAAUUUCGCAUGCCCGUCUUCAACUGGGUGGCACUGAAGCCAAGCCAGAUCGAUGGCACCGUCUUCACCGAGCUCAACGACGAGAAGGUGCUGCAGGAGCUGGACAUGAGUGACUUUGAGGAGCAGUUCAAGACCAAGGCGCAAGGCCCUGGCUUGGACAUCAGUGCCCUCAAGGUGAAGGCCACGCAGAAGGCUCCCAGCAAGGUCACCCUCAUGGAGUCCAACCGAGCCAAGAACCUGGCCAUUACCCUCCGCAAGGGCGGCCGCAGCAUCCAGGACAUCUGCACAGCCAUCGAGAUGUAUGACCAGCAAGCCCUGAGCCUCGACUUUCUGGAGCUGCUGCUGCGCUUCCUACCCACCGAGUACGAGCGGACGCUCAUCGGGAAGUUCGAGCGGGAGCAGAAGCCGCUGGAGGAGCUCUCGGAUGAGGACCAGUUCAUGAUCCGCUUCAGCAAGAUCCCGCGCCUGGCCGAGCGCAUGAACGUCAUGAUCUUCCUGGGCAACUUCAAUGACACGGCCCAGCUGCUCAUGCCGCAACUCAACGCCAUCAUCGCCGCCUCCAUGUCCCUCAAGUCCUCCAGCAAACUGCGCAACAUUCUUGAGAUUGUCCUGGCCUUCGGGAACUACAUGAACAGCAGCAAGCGCGGGGCAGCCUACGGCUUCCGGCUGCAGAGCCUCGAUGCGCUCCUGGAGAUGAAGUCGACGGACCGCAAGCAAACGCUGCUGCAUUACCUGGUGCGGGUGAUCACGGAGAAGUACCCCGAGCUGACCGGCUUCCACACCGAGCUGCACUUCCUCGACAAGGCGGGCACAGUCUCCCUGGACAGCGUGUUGCAGGACGUGCGGAGCCUGCAGCAGGGGAUGGAGCUGACCCGCAAGGAGUUCAUGCGGCAGGACGACAGCCUCGUGCUCAAGGAAUUCCUCAAGGUCAACUCAGAGGUGAUGGAGAAGCUGCAGGCUGACAGCAAAACCGCCAAGGAGGCGUACGAGUCGGCGGUGGAGUAUUUUGGGGAGAACCCCAAGACCAGCCCCCCCACCACCUUCUUCCCCAUGUUCAUGCGCUUCAUCAGAGCCUACAAGAAAGCAGAGCAGGACAUUGAGCUGUGGAAGAAACAAGAAGCUGCGGCCAAAGAGGCAGAAUCCAGCCCCCCCGGCAGCAAGGACCAGCCUGAGGUAAAGUUGCCCAUCCAGAAAGCCAAGCGGCAGCAGAUGGACAUGAUCGCCGAGCUGAAGAAGAAGCAGAUGGUGAAGGAGCCGCUCAUCUACGAAGGAAAAGACGGGGCCAUCGAGGAUAUUAUUUCAGCUCUGAAAACUGUUCCUUUCACGGCCCGGACGGGCAAGCGCUCGUCCCGGCUCUUCUGUGACGUGAGCUUCAACGAGGAGGGUCCUCUGUAG